AUGAAUUUGCUUCCCAAAAGCACGGCGGACUUUGGUUCCACAGACUAUUGGAACAGUUUUUUCCGUAAGCGAGGCAAGCAGGCGUUUGAGUGGUAUGGCGAAUAUCCGGAACUUUGUGGUCAGCUUCACAAGUACAUCAAACCGAAGGACGAAAUUCUUGUCGUCGGUUGCGGUAACUCCAAGCUGAGUGUGGAUCUGUACGAUGUUGGCUUCAAGAAAAUAUCCAACAUCGACAUUUCGCCCGUAGUCAUCAAACAGAUGCAGGAUGCAAACCGUGCUCAACGUCCAGAAAUGACCUGGUGCCAAAUGGAUGCAACCGCCAUGACGUUCCCAAGCGAAUCCUUCUCAGUCGUGCUGGACAAGGGUACCCUCGACGCUUUGUUCACAGAUGAAUCGCCCGCCGUACUCGGUACGGUGCGUAAAUACUUUGACGAAAUAGGUCGCGUGCUCCGUUCCGGUGGACGGUACGUGUGCAUUUCCCUGCUGCAGGAGCACAUCCUACGCGAGGUGGUAGAGCACUUCCCCACGAACCACUUCAUGCUUCGAAUUGUGCGCUGUCCUGAUGCAGGAAGCGCCCGUCAAACGGAAGACUCGGACGGCUCAUCGCUCGUUGUGUUCGCGAUCGUGGCAACAAAAUUCAAGGCGCUUCCCAUGCGCGUUCUCGAGCUCUGUAUGGCCGGUGAGCAGAUGGAGCGUGUGCAACGCCCGGAAGAGCUUGUCGCAGCCAUCGCUGCCGCCCAAAAGGCGGCCAUGGUUUGCAACGGGUUGGCACGGGGCAGCAUUGCCGGAAUGGCGGAAGUUUCGAUCGAUCUGUUCCAUCCAAGCGACAAACAGCAGCCACGCUACACCAUCCACGUGCUGGAUCAGGCACCCAAGCGCGGAAGCGGAAAGUAUGCCGCUUUCAUUGUGCCACAGGGUCGUGAGACUGAGUGGCUCUUUGCGACUCCACCCGGUCGGCGGAAGCUACAGGCGUCGGCUAACUUCGAUCGGCUUGCCAUCGUAACGCUGCAUCGCGGGCACGUGUACAGCGAUCUGGAAGCAGUGAAGGAAGAGCUUGCGGAAAGCGUUAAAUCACUCGCACCGAGCGGGCUACAGGGUGCAACAAUUCCGUACCUUUCCAUCGGUGCCGAGGUUGGCCGACGAGAAACCAUUCACACCGGCCGCAGCGAGCUGUCCGGAGAGUACGUCGUGGAGGAGAUCGCAGGGGAUAACGGACGCACCUUCCGGCGACUCAUAUUCCUGACGAACCAAUCGGUUGUCCAAUCGGAAGCGGCACUCAAAAUGGCACGCGUCCGAGGCAGUCGAGCGGCACAGAAGGUGAUCGAUCCGGGAUAUCUUGCCUGUCAGCAUCAUCUCUAUAUGACCGUUGGAGUUCAGCUGGCAGCAAGCUUAGAUCCUCCGCGGAAUGAUGGUAAACCUUCAACCUGUUGCUCCGUCGCCGUUGUGGGUCUUGGUGGCGGUGGGCUCUGUACGUUUAUCCGCGAGUGCCUCAAAAAGACCACGAUUACGGCGAUCGAGAUCGAUCCGGAAAUCGAACAGAUCGCCGUGAAGUACUUCGGCCUAACACUCGACAACCGACUUCGGGUGAUCAUAAACGAUGGUGUUCGCUUCCUAGCUGAGGAGGCAGCUCGCGGGUCACACUAUAGCGCUCUUUUGCUGGACGUAGACAGCAAAGACCCAACCGUCGGCAUGAGCUGUCCACCGGCAGUUUUCGUCGAACGUGCUGCUCUCGACGACGCUCGGAAGCUUGUUGGCGAUACGGGGCUUUUCGUACUCAAUCUAGUCUGUCGUAACGAUAGCCUACGCGAAUCGACAGUUCAAUCGUUAAGGCAAACGUUUAAGUACGUUUUGUCAUACCAACUCGAGGAGGACGUCAAUGAAAUCUUCUACUGUACCGAUAACGAGCGGUUGAAGGACGCGACCAACUGGCAGACGCUACUGCGAACGGCGGCAGAUGACGUUAACACGCUGGCCAAAAAGGAAAAACUUACCCAUGAGCGGGAGCUGGUAGAUUUAAGUGACUUUAUCACUGCCCUCAAAAUAUAA